AUGAAUGACUCAAAAACUGAGGUCUUCCUUGGCGAAUUAAACACUAUUGGAAUCACUGACAUGCCGGUCGCCGUCAAGUCGGUGAGUACAAUUGAGGGAGUGUUCUUAGAAAAUACUUCUCUUCUUGCAGUUGCUGAAGGACGCUCCGAACUCAAAUGAACUGAGCGAAAGGAUGCUCGACGAAGCACGCCUUAUGAUGAAACUCGAUCAUGAGCACGUGUUGGAAAUCUACGGAUGGGUGAUCGACAAGAAGCCGUUCAUGUUGUUAAUGGAGCUGAUGGAAGGUGAGCGUUUUUACUAAUGGAAAUGAAUUCAAAAAAAAAACCAAAGCUAUUUUCAACUUGGAUCUCAAAACUUGAGUAAAGAAAUCGGUUCUUUUUCAAGUCCAACAUUCCAUCUGUUUUGAGAGCUGGAGUAGAAUGUAACUGCAAUUUUUUAUGAAAGCUUUAAGCUUGAAUGGAAAGGAAAAUCCUAACGAGGCGGUAAUUCCAGGAGGAUCUCUGGACAGCUUCCUCAUAAACAACUUUGACGGUUCAAACGACACCCGUUUAGUGGAGUUUGCCGUUGAAGCUGCCAAAGGAAUUGCGUAUCUCCAUGAAAUGAACGUACUACUCCGAGAUGUGGCGGCCCGAAACUGCUUAUUGACGGCCGACCUCACGGUUUGAUCGGGAUUAUCAACAGAAACUGGAAAGAAAUAUUUUCUAGCUCAAGGUCGCCGAUCUGGGUCUAGCAAGGCCUGGUACGUGGUACUAUAUGAAGAACGCAAAAAAACUACCGACGAGGUACCUGUCGCCGGAAACUCUUUCCAUUUUUGUGUUUGUCCAGGCUUCGGACUGUUUCGGCUUCGGAGUGAGUUCACUUGGUUAUAAUGAGAGACGAAUAGAAUAUUUUAGAACUUGGUGUACGAGAUAUUCAGCUAAUGCCGUUUGAAGACCUUAACUCUGCUGACGCCAGAGAAAAGGUCUGUUCAAUUAUUUUCGAUUCUAUUCCAGUUUAAAGUGAUGAAAGAAAGCGGAAUCACAAAAAAAAACUUCCACUUUCUGACAUAUCCAAUGACAUGACCAAACUUCCAAAGGAGAAUGUUCUUGGGAUAGUAAUCAUUGCUUUCUAACAGGACGUAGUCUCUUUUUUCAACUAGGUGAAAAAAAUUACUUCGACCUCAUCUACAAGGAGAGUAACAUUAGGUUGAUAGGGGCAUAAUGAAACCACUCCUUUCUUGUCACACCAAAUUCUGAGUUUAGAUUCUGAUCGGGGAAUUGAACAAUCUCGAAGAGACUCGCGCUCCGCCGGCACUCCGAUCUUAUGUCGAACAAAAUUUGUGGACCUACAUGAUGCGAGACAGUACGGACAUGCGAACGGUUUUCAAUUUUAUUUGGUUGAAUCUCAUGAAAAGUUUCAGACUGUUGAGUUCCUGAUAGGCAUCUACAAGGUCUGCAAAAAGGUCAGUUACUCUUUCUACACUAGUUUCUGAUUCAAAUACUUCUUCAGGUGGAAGGAGGCCCGAAGACCGUAUCCCAAGAAACGGAAAUGAGUAUUGUGAGUUUGAAACGAGCUCAAAACCGAGAUUGUACAAACUUAUUUCGAACCUUUUGCGAUAACUUUAGUGAAAAACCUUUCGGAAAACCAUGGUUCUUGAUUUGAAUGGAUAAGUGAAAGGAUGAAAUAAAGUAACUCUGGAAAAAAAAAACAGAACAAAGUUCCAUGACAAAACUUUUUCGAAUCUGAAUUUUUUAUCGACCAAUAAUCUCUUAUCACUACAGGGUAAUGAAGAAGGGGAGCCCGUCAAGAAAGAUGUCUCAGUAAAGAUUCGCCGCCGGAAGCCAGUUAGCCGCGCAGUCAGGUACGCCUUUACCCGGACCAUCUUGAGAGAACUUUCUUCAGGAACUCAUGGAAGACAUCUGUCCGACGCAGGAAGAAACAGCCGCAAACAACGACUAA